AUGGGUCCCCGUCCCCAAGAUGUCAUUUCGCACAUAUCCAAACGCGCCCUAGUCUCUUACAUCAUCGAUUGGGUCUUCAUCAUCGGCGUGGCUUUAAUCGGAUAUGCUUUUUACAAGCAAACACCAAACCAACACCCCUUUUCCUUAUCCGACCCGACUAUUUCAUACCCCUAUACGAAAGAUGAGACAGUCACAGACACAACCCUCGUCCUAGUGACCCUUCUUGCUCCUGCCGCCAUCGUCGUCCUGGGAGCCAUUUUAUUCGUCCCCGGAACCGCCGCCCCGGCCGGUGUCAAACCAUCCAUCGCACAGGUUCUUCGUCGCAAGUUCUGGGAAUGGAACGUCGGGUGGAUGGGACUAGGUGUGGCCUACGCCGGCGCAUUCAUGGCCACCCAAGGACUCAAAGUGGUAAUUGGUAGACCACGCCCGGAUCUACUGGCGCGCUGUGAUCCCGACAUCGAUAAUAUUUCGGCCUACGCCGUUGGUGGACUAGGCCAAAGCUUGCCAGGCGCGACCACCAUGGUGUGGUAUAAGAUCUGCCGGAAGCAGGACUCGAAUUUGAGAAUUGACGGAUUCUCGAGUUUUCCCAGUGGUCAUUCAUCUAGUUCUUUCGCCGGACUAGGCUAUUUGACCCUGUGGCUGGCCGCAAAAACGUCGGUCGGAUUUCCCUAUCUUCCAUCAUACCCUAUCGAGGGAGACAACCAUCACGAUGACGAAAUCUCAAUCCGUAAACGUGGAGCAGCGCCCCCAGUAAUGCUCAUGGUUCUUGCCUUUGUCCCAACAUGCACUGCAUUCUUCAUUGCUGCAUCUCGAUGGUUCAAUUAUCGACACCAUGCCUUCGAUAUAAUAUUUGGAUCUCUGAUGGGAGCAUUCUUCGCCUGGGUUGGAUUCAACAUGUAUCAGCUUCCUAUCCGACGAGGGGCAGGUUGGGCAUGGGGCCCACGAACUGGUCGUCGGGCCUUCAUUCGAGGCUUCGGCUUCCCAAGUUCUCUGGGAAUCGAUAAUUGGACAUACAGAAAUACUAGUCGCGAUGAGCUUGAUGGGAGCACUGCGCAUACCCAGGAUGUACGGAAUAGGCAGCACGAGCAGAACAACACAUGGCCGCAAAUUACUGUGGAUAAUGGAUACGAAAAUGACUCGCAUAAUAUGCAGGAAAUCUACCAAAUGAGGCAGAGACCGCCGCCAUCACCGGUAUCUCCCUUAUCUGACGGCCCAGCAAUGGUGUAA